AUGAUCAUCUUCGAGCUGAAAGCCAGCCCACUCGACAAGGACGGCGACGAGCUCGACUGGUCUAUCCUCUCCGAAAAGCCCGACCCAUCCACCAUCGACGUCAAGAAGGAGACCGAUGCUCUGUUCGCCAUCCACCUCGAGUGUCAGCAAAGAUCGGAGAAGAAUCCUGAAGGCCCUUUUGAUCCCGAAGACAGUCCUGCCAAAGUUUUCGCCAAUGCCGCAAUCAAGUGGCUGUCCGUGACGGGCGGAUGGGACAAUAUCGACAAGUCGAUUCGCGACAGGUACCCUGAGCUCUUCCUCGAUGCCAUCAGACUCUACAGCCACAACAUCCCCGUGCUGAAAGCCUACUCCGAGGCGCUCAAGCAGAGCAAGGCCCAGCUCGAGGCUGAUGCGGCUUGCACAUCGACGAUUCUCCGAAUCCCGCGCCCCUACGACAUCGGCAGAGCCACUUACGAGCUCUGGGAGACCGCCCACCGAUCGAUUCGCCCUGAAGGGACCUGUCCUAACAAGAUCGACGAUCACUUCAUCCGACUCGCCGAUGUCUGGUGGCGCGAGACCGGUGGACCGGCCAACAUCGACCCCGACAUCCUCGCCCCUUACAAAAGCUGGUUCAUCGGCAAGCUCAUCAUGCACAGACACCAUCAAGAGAUGUUUCGCCAGACAGAGCUCGACUCGGCCAUCGAUCCGCUCAAGUUCGACGUCGAGAGCGCGACCCGAGACCUCUUCAAGCGUGCCGAGCAGCUUCACUGGCUCGCACGGCUCAUGUCGGGCGUAGCGGCCAUGCAAUCUGACUCUCCGGUGGCCCAGCACGAGAAGGACCUCCGCCUUCGUGAGGUUCAUUGGUGCCAGAUGACCGGCGGAUGGCAGAACGUGGACAAGCAGAUUCGAGACAGCUACCCUGAAUGGUUCGUCAAGCGCCUUGCCGACGUCAACAAGUCACUGCCCCUCGCCAAGCUGAUGGCCUACGAAUGGUGGCACCGCGACUUUGUCAAGGAGCACAACAAGAACGACUAA